AGAGCCUUUGGGGCAGAGAGUGGCUUAGAAAAGCAGCAUUUGGGAGGGAGAUCUGAUCUUUGCUGCCUUACUCCAUGGGGCUCUGGGGCAUUCUUAUUUCUGUAUGCAUCUUGCUGGAAUAUAGGUGGGUUUUCCAGGGUGUCUUGUCCAGAGUGAAUGGCUUCAGUGAGUUGUGCUAAUGACUCAGCUUCUUAUUGAAAAGGAAAAUGCACGUUGUGACUGGGGCUGUAGCCUUGUUAUGGUGGUUGAGUGGCUCGGUCAUCCUAGUAAGGGUUUUUUUUUGUGUGAUUAAAACAGCCUUGUGUUCAGUGGUGUCCAUGUAUGUGCUGGUUUUUGCUUGCAUCUCUUUCAGCCAGCUGCUGAGCCAGGAGGACUGCUUGCCAGGUUUUAGUCUUCCCCUGCACUGCUCUUAGAAAGGCAUCCAAAAAUAAGUCACCUGCAUGCAGAGGUUUGAGCAUAUUGUCUCAGGCAUCCUGUCUUAUGUAAGGUCUCAGGAAGGUAAUAAGUUAUGACAUGUGAUUUUGGGGAUGUGACAUUCUCCUUGCCAUCAAAAAAGAUGUCACAAUAAAGUCACUUAGUUUGUGUCUCCUGUCAGUGUCAGUAGCAUGCAUUGUUUCCCUCUUCUCAGCACUGGAACUUGAGAUUAAAAACCAAGCCAAAUGAGAGAAGAUGUUGGGAGGACCACCCUCCUGUCUAGGAAACCUCUGUGUCCAGGGUUUGGCUGUUCUUUGAUUGAGGGGCACUUAAAAGAGGAUCAAGUUUGCUGCUUGUUUCUUGUUUUUCUGAAACUGGAUAUUCUAGCUUUUGUAUUCUCACUGCUGGUUGAUUUCCCAGUAGGGGAAAUGAAGGCCUCAGCCUGCUGUUUUUCUGUGCAGGAAUAAGAAUAAGCUGCAGUGUUGGAUCCUGGGGAAGGAGUGACACAAACGCACAACUGUUCUCAGAUAAUCCUUACAGGGGGAUAAUCUCUGAAGAGUUAACUGAAGUUUUUUGUUCUGUUGACAAAGGGUACUGUUUUCCCAGUAGGAUAUUGUAUUAUUGUUCUGUACAGCAUGGGUUUGCUCAGCUAAACUGUAAACUCCAUAAAAUUUUAUCUAAAAGGAUUUAAAACAAUUUUGUAAACAUUGUUUUCAGGGGCUUUGUCGUUUUGUUUUGCAUUUUGUUAGACAGGGAUUCAUGUAUGCAUGCUGUGUAUUGCUCGGAAUCAGCCUGCUCAUUGUUUCUGUAGAAGGCAGGCUAGUGAAUGCAUAGGCAGCAGUUCAGCACAGAAUAUUUGAAGGGCUUCUAUCUCUGAAAGCACCGGGCUUGUCUUGUUGUGAACAGCUCUAGGAAUUUUUUUCCCUAAUGCUGAUGGUGCCUUUGAGUUUCGUUUCUUGUCAGCGCAGUGUGAGGCCAGUUUGGUUUCCUUUUCGACAGGUCAUCCUUUCUUGCUUAUUUUUGGCAUCCCUGAAAUUUAAGCAGUCAUCUUUGUUUCUGUUCCUGUUUGGCUGCUGAUAUUGUUGGGUAAUCUGAAAGAUGUCAAAGUAGUUAGAAGAGGCACGGCUGAUAUGAGCCCCCUCUCCUGGUUGGUUCUGCAGUGGCGGAAUACUGGCGUGGCAUAAAGCAGCAUGGUUGGUGUGGUGUUGUUUAUCAUGGGGUCAUGAGGCAGAAAUAAAGACAGUUAAGAGGAGUGGGGCGCAGUGUUUUGCAAAGCAAUAUCUACCAGAGCACCAAGUUUAAUAUUAUGCCUUCUGUACUUACAAGCAUUUCAUAGAACCUUGGAAUGGCUUGGGUUGGAAGGGCCCCAAGGAUCAUCACGUUCCAACCAGCCUGCCACAAACAGGGCCACCAACCCCCAGGUCUGGUACUAGACCAGGAUUUCUCAUAUUCUUUUCUUAGAAACGUAGGCAUUAAAUGUAGAUAUUGAUGUAUACAUGAUGGGUAUUCAUGGGAACUGCUGCUGUGUUGCAUAUAGAAUCCAAGCAAUGGCUUGUUAGCUGAUUGAUGGAGGCUUCAAUUCCAGUACAUUCACUACUGCAUUGCACUUAAAAACUUCCCAUUAAGGUGCAGGUUUUGAGAGGUGUGUAUUGUAGUGGGGUCCAGGCCUCUGUGAUUAUCAGCACGAGUAAACUUAGCUCUUUGCUCGUGUUGUAUAGGAAGGUGAGUGAAGGACGCCGUGUUCCUCUGUGCCGCUGCUUGCAGUGACAUGUCUGAGGUCUUCUGGAUCAGCCUUUCAUUGCAAGUAAGUUCAUGAGACACAGUAACAUCAUGGUGGAUGUGGGAAAGUGGCCAAUAUUUACCUUGCUGUCACCUCAAGAAAUAGCAUCUAUUCGGAAAGCGUGUGUGUUUGGUACAUCAGCCAAUGAAGCCAUAUACACUACACACAAUGAUGAGGUGUUUGUCUUUGGACUGAAUUGCAGCAAUUGUUUGGGAACUGGAGAUAGUCAGAGCACAAUAGUACCAAAGAAAUUAGAAGCCUUGUGUGGGAAGAAGAUUUCCAGUCUCAGUUAUGGAAGUGGACCACACGUUCUACUUUGCACCGAAGAUGGAGAAGUGUAUGCUUGGGGACAUAAUGGCUACAGCCAGCUUGGGAAUGGUGCGACCAAUCAGGGCGUUACUCCUGUUCAAGUCUGCACAAAUCUGUUACUAAAGAAAGUGAUUGAAGUAGCUUGUGGCUCUCAUCAUUCCAUGGCGUUAUCGUUUGAUGGGGACCUGUACGCUUGGGGCUAUAACAACUGUGGUCAGGUUGGAUCAGGAUCUACAGCAAACCAGCCGACUCCUCGGAGAGUUUCAAACUGUUUGCAGGAUAAAAUGGUAGUUGGCAUUGCUUGUGGUCAGACCUCCUCCAUGGCUGUAGUGAACAACGGUGAGGUUUAUGGCUGGGGUUACAAUGGUAAUGGUCAGCUGGGUCUUGGAAACAAUGGCAACCAACUAACGCCGUGCAGAGUGGCAGCAUUACAUGGUGUGUGUAUACUCCAGAUUGCCUGUGGCUAUGCACACACUCUAGCACUAACAGACGAGGGUUUGCUCUAUGCCUGGGGAGCUAACACUUAUGGGCAGCUGGGAACUGGCAAUAAAAGUAACCAGCUAAGCCCGCUGCAGAUCAUGAUGGAGAAAGAAAGGGUCGUGGAGAUUGCAGCCUGCCACUCUGCUCACACUUCGGCUGCCAAGACGCAGAGCGGCCAGGUGUACAUGUGGGGCCAGUGCCGCGGCCAGUCUGUGGUCCUUCCCCACCUCACUCACUUUGCCUGCACUGAUGAUGUGUUUGCUUGCUUUGCUACCCCUGCUGUUAUGUGGCGUCUUCUCUCAGUAGAGCAAGAAGAUUUCUUAACAGUAGCAGAGUCUCUGAAGAAGGAGUUUGACAGCCCAGAAACCUCAGACCUAAAAUUCCGAGUGGAUGGAAAGUACAUCCAUGUUCAUAAAGCUGUUCUAAAAAUCAGGUGUGAACACUUCAGAACCAUGUUUCAGUCCUACUGGAAUGAGGAUAUGAAGGAAGUGAUAGAAGUAGACCAGUUUUCUUACCCUGUGUAUCGUGCCUUUCUCGAGUACUUGUACACAGACAGUGUGGACCUUCCUCCUGAAGAUGCAAUAGGGCUUUUGGACUUGGCUACUUCAUACUGUGAAAAUAGACUGAAAAGACUGUGUCAGCACAUUAUCAAGAGAGGGAUUACUGUGGAAAAUGCAUUUUCAUUGCUAUCUGCUGCUGUCAGAUAUGAUGCAGAGGACUUAGAGGAUUUCUGCUUUAAAUUCUGUGUUAACCACUUGACCGAAGUGACCCAAACGGCAGCAUUUUGGCAAAUGGACGGCCCCCUGCUGAAGGAAUUCAUUGCUAAAGCCAGUAAAUGUGGAGCCUUUAAGAACUGAGUUGAGGCUGCAAGCGACGGGCGUCUGUAGGAUGUUUUGCAGAUGUAACAGGUCGGUGUAACUGCGCGGGUAAAAGCGGUACCUGGUGUCUCACAGCAGAAGCUGUGCAAGGCCACAGCAAAAUGUGCUCUGUACUCACAACUGAACUGCUGUAAAACUGUUAAGCAAUGUACUUGCAUUUAGCACAUCUGGAUGGAGGAACUAGCAGCAGAGCUCCUCACAAAGGAGAGAGUAAAAACUGCAGCAUCCAAGAGGCACCAGGUGAUGUUAAGGACUUUUAGGCUAGGAAAUCCUGUUUCUAGCAUUGCCUGUUAAUAUUUUAAAUGUACUGUUUAAGGGCUCAGAGCCCCUGAAUGAAGUCGUUUAAAUCAUUAGCUCUCUGGGUUAUAAAGAGCCAAAGGGCAUGGAUAUCUUUUGUUGCAGUUGCAUGAUGUGAAAUUGCUGGUUGCUGCGUAUUAUUAACCAAGUGUAUUCGGUGCUUAGAGAAGUGUGCAAUACCAGUGCAUCCUCAGAGCUUGCAGAAGCAACUGACAAAGGUAACUCAGAAAAGAGGGGCUGCUAGCAGAUCUAGUUUGAAGCCAAAUUCUAUAUUUGGGUUGUAAUGUAUACUUUCUGUAAUCUGCUUAAGUAAUAUUUAUGACAGUUAAUGGGAAGAUUUCCCACUUUGACUUUAGUUAAUUGGUUCCCCUAGUGGAAAAAGAAUACUGUUCUGAAAGCAUUUGUUUCAUUUUUUUUCAGUUAAGUAUUGUAUAAAUUUAAACUACGUGCAAUAAAAUUCUUUUUUUUUAAAAUAACUCUU